AUGGCCAAGUCUAGUCGCGUCCACUUUUCUCCCCGUGCCUGGGAACAGAUGAGGCCAAAGAGUGUUGAUCCAGCACGCGGCAUGAUACGCCGUGUUAGUCCAAGCAAACAGACACAUGCACAUGUGGAGAACAUGAAUCUCCUCAAACACCAUGCCGCAGACAGCGUUGCUACUGUUGCUCCUAGCAGCGUCCGUGCAGUGUGCUCCAGGUGGCGCACUACCGCGGAAGGCUUCUGUACUACAGGGACGUAUAGUCAAUGGCGUCGAAGCGGAACCAGGGAGUUCCCUUAUCAACUGUCGCUGCAGAAGAACGCAGAACACUGGUGUGGCGCCGUCAUCUUGAACGAAGACUGGGCACUCACAGCAGCACAGUGUGUCGAAGACAGCGAGGACACGUACGAGGUGCUAGCUGGUACCAACACCCUCAGUGAAGGCGGCACCCGACACACGGUGACAUUCAUAAGCUCUCAUGAGGGUUAUGACGCCAGUGAUUCCUGGGUCAACGACAUCGCCGUGCUCAAGGUAUCACCAGCUUUUCCGAUUGACGGCGUCACAGUGGCGCCAAUACAACUGCCAGAAAAGGAUGAAGAGGUUCCAGACAAUGCCAACGUCACAGCCAUCGGUUGGGGAAAACAUUGGUACUUUGGACAGAUUCAAGAUGGCCUGCGCAAAGUGGACAUACACAUAUGGCAACAAUGGCUGUGUGAGUCCGUGUGGCAUGACAUCAAUUACAACGUCCACGCUACACAGAUCUGUGCAAUUCGUUUCAAGAACAACAAGCACUACGACACCUGCACUGGUGAUGAAGGGGGACCGCUGCUCUAUGAGGGAAAGGUCGUGGGGCUGGUGUCGUGGGGACACUUUUGUGGUGAGCCUCCCUACCCCUCAGUCUAUACACGUGUCUCCAGUUAUCUGGACUGGAUCACCGAGAAGACCAGUGGAUCACGGGUGUAGUACUAGAGACGAUGACUUUGUAUUUCCUACAGUUCUUAAAUACUUAUAAAAUUAAUAUUGUGGUUUAUAAGAAUUUGUUAUCGAUAUUAACCUCU